AUGUACCAGCUGGUGGCCAGCAUGUCCGUGGGGGAGACGGUGGCCGGCGCCGUGUCAGUGGUGCUCGGCACCGGCCAGGCACUGGCCGUGCCGCUCUCGGCCUGGUUCUGCGCCAGCGCCGUCCACCUGCGCUCCGCCGUGGCGGCCAGCACCGCCGUCUGCUUCCUCUGCCUCAGUUUGGAGCGUUACAUCACCGUGGUGCACGGCCUCAGGUACUACGACAUCCUGACGGAAGGCAGACAGCGCGCGCUGCUGGCCGCCUCCUGGCUGUUCGCCGCCGUCUACCUGGCCUUCGGACUGGCGAUGCGCUGGGUGCACGGGCUCGGCCCCGCGCGCGAGAUGUGCAUGUACUGGACGGCAGUGACGCUCGAGUUCAGGUUCUACGGAGCGAUCUUCUGCCUGUUGGCUUAUAUCGUAAACCUGGCAAUCAACGUCGUGGUCGGAGUGAUUGGGAUCGAACAGGGCAAGAGGAUCCACCGGCAGCAGACCGGGGUGAACGGCAAAUUCCGUCACUCCCUUCUCCAGCACAAGGGCUACAUGGCCAUCGCCAUCCUCUCCCUCAUGUGCUGCAUCUUCGUCUUCCCAAACAUCCUGAUGAACCUGCUGCAGUCUCUGGAGAUAAUAGACCGCACGUUUGUCCACAAGGUCACUGCCGCCCUGCGCCUGCUCAGCAUGGUCACCGACGGAUGGUGUUUGGCGCUGCUCUGUCCCAAACUCCGCAAAGAGUACAUCGCCAUCUUCGGUUGCUGGAAAAGGCGCUCCAGAGGUCGGUCUUCACGCCAGGCGAGUAUCAAUGUCAUCAGCACUCCCAAGAGUCGCCUGGAGACCGUGGCAGGGCGGAGGCUCGGCGUGCCCUCUGAGACACCUGAGACCCAGCUGGACUCGCUCCAGCUGAGGUCCUGCCACCGAAACGCGCUUCAGUACGGCUCAAUCUGA